AACAUGAGAGUUGGGUUAGUACUGCAAAGUACUUGAUGGAUGAUCUUCCAGUGCUGUUAAGUUCAAAUGAUGUGAAGGAUGUAAAACAUGUCAUCUCUACUAUUUUCAAGUCUCUCCCAUUAGAUUUUGCAGAGUUCAUUAAGUGGGUGGCGAAGGUUCGCAGACAAGAGGAAGGUGGUCAAGGUGUUAGCCAAGAAGAGAAAGAAAGGGUGGCUAUCAAGGAGGAGGUGUUGAAACAAGUAGAAGAGACUGGACUUUACAAGCAUGUAACUAAUAUUUUAUCUUCAGAAAAGUCUUCCUGCCAAAUCAAACAGACUAUUGGUCUCAGAGAUAGUUUACCUAACAUUGCAGCAAGUGUUUGCUGUCAAGGGGCUGGGAUUUUGAUAGGGAAAUUGGGCUUGGCAGAUAGGUUUUGCUGUCGGGAGAUAGGUGUGAGAUGCUACAUGGCUAAUGGCGACAAGCCUGUUACAGCAGUUUCUGGGAUUGUGGUCAACAGCAAUGGAGAGCAAGGAGUUGAUAUUGUCGUUCCUUUAUCUCAAAAAGAGCCUAACUGCUGCAGUGUUGGCUCCUGUGGUUACUCCAUAGUACACCCUGCAAGCAACAAUAUUUUGACAGCACUUUUGCUGGCAUUGCCACCAUAA